AUGUAUCCAAGAAUGGAGAAGGUCAAGCGCACGACGAGAAAGCGACAGCAUAUAGUGGGUGGAGGAGCACGACGACUCUUCAACAAAACACCAAGAAGAGACGUCAACUAUCCAAGAAAGAAGAAUGACUGGGGCCUCCUCGCACUGCAUCCCAAGACGGACUUAAUCAUUCCCAAAUCGACCUUCGCAACUUUGGCAAGAGAGAUUAUGAAGGAUAUCAAACCUGGAGAAAAUUACGAGAUUGAUCAACAUGCCUUGGAUUCUUUGCAAGAAUGCGCCGAAGCUUAUGUUGUCCAGGAAUUUGAAAUGGCCACUAUAUUCACUGCUCGCGCGAGUAGAGCCACGAUUCAAGUGAAAGAUAUGAAGGAUGCGAAGUUUAUCGGAGACUUGCGGGAUGGAUUGGCAGUCCAGUUGGAGGAUGCGAAAGAUGCGAAGAAUAUGAAGAAAAUGGAGGAUAUCGAGGAGUCGGACUGA